UGGUGUGAAUCGUCGAUUUCGAACUUUCGUGCGGGAAACGGAACCGUGGCAUGUUUGGAACGAUAGGUCGUCGACCACAUCCUCCCCACCAUCAAGCCACGGCACGAAUCGGUCACCUUUCCACGCACGGAUCAUUUCCUGCGUCGCGCUUCGGUUGUGUCGCGGAGGAAGGUUGGCAUGCCAAGUGUGUCCACGAGAGUCUCGCGCCGGGACGCCGUGACCAUCGCCAAACAGCACCUGUCGACAUCCCCAGCAGGGCAUCGCCUGCCCUUCAUCCAUUUCAUUCGCGCUGGACGGAUUAUCCACACAGUUGGGUACAUCGUCGACAUGAAGGUCUCGGAUGGACAACAGUCGCUCGCACAUUGGAACGGCAUGUAGGAGACGAAGCACGACCGAGUCGUCCAUGUCGAGGCGCGCUCUGCACUCAACAUGUGCCAACGUAGAAGGUUGUGUACCCCCUACGUGCGGACGCGCGCGGCCGCAUCUUCAAGCGGUCCAUCCUCUCGAAACGUGCGACGGGCAGAGUCCUCAAGAUCUCGCAAGGAUGAUACACGCCAUGACGACACAAGACCAUCCACUCCUGCAAUUGUAUAGCGAACUCGAUCAGCAUGGGGCAUGCCGUGGGCAAAGCUCAUCCAAAGACAGUGCUCCAUUGGCACCAAAACGUCCCAAAGGUCGUCGUGGCGUUGUAGCGUCGAAUGCCAUCCACGAGAGCUGCUACGUCACACCAGAGCCUGGACAACGCAUCGCCUCGACAAAACGAUCCGAGAAAGAACGGCGGGGUCGGUUCAAGAGGCUCUGUGUGCCGGGUCCUAAUGACGACGCCACAGCUCCGUGCCGUCUACAACACAAAGCAUCCGACGCAUCGUCCACCUUGCACCGUCGCAGAAAGCUCACCUCGAUCGUGACGGCAGGUGAAUCGAAUGGACGCCCGAGGUCCUGUCGGAGUGGCACCCACCCGAGUACGCCGCAAUCGAUCUGGCGUCGCACGCCGUGUUUCGACAACUGCACACAAGGCCCACGUCCUUGAACGCAUGCACUAGGCCUCGCCUUGGUUAAUACAGGAGAUCCCCGAGAAGAAGAUGGCGCUCGCCGCCUCCCUCGACGCUCUCUGCGUCGGACACUUUGAUCAUGACAGGUGCCAGAUCUUCAUGUCGAAGGUGUAUGGCAGGGUGAGCAUAGUUAGGAUGCGCUUUACGACGGCCGACGCGUGGGAGAACCCUUGCUUACACGCGUCGCAUGUGUUGGAAUCGAAAUGAAGUCUACGG